UUUGAAAAGCAUUCAAUUUCCAUUAAUCUUAUUUGUUGAUGGUUACAGGUUCGAUGGUAUACGGACUCGAUGAGGCUAGAAAACACGGAAAGGAUGCGAAUGGAGAACAGGGGUAGCCGAUACACUUUGAUAAUCCGCGACGUAGUGGAAGCAGACUUAAUCACCUACACUUGCCAAGCAGACAACAGCCAAGGAAAGACCAAGAAGGAUAUCGUACUCUCAGAAGAGAAUGCAUACAGCUAUUCCUUUCGCAGACGGAACAGAUUUAAGGAAGAACUAUUAUGCGGGUUAAGGGCUGAGCUAGUUGCCCUUAUCUUUAGUACCGCUGUUUGUGCGACACUGGCCUCUUUGGCUGCCUUUAAUGCUGUGUCCUCCUGUUCUUCCUUUUAUGAACAUUCCCUUCAGAUGCGUUAUCCCCUCAUUGCGAUUAGGCUCAAUGCAAUGGAUAAAUCUGAAAAGAAGAACGGGAGCAACACCUGGGGCGGCUGGUACCAAGCUGGUCCACUUCUUCAUGUGGCCACCUCUUUGUGGCCAAUCCUCGUAGUGAGCCGAACUCUUGAAUAUUCAAUCCUGUUUGCUUGGAGAUACGCUGCCCUGUUUGUCAAAGGCAUGCCUCAUCCAAUGCAGUUCAGGAGCCAAAAAUCCAGCGAAGAGAAGGACAGUUUCAACAUUUCUUGGAGUGUUAUCAGCUACAGCCCGAUAGAAUCCUACCGCUUAUAUUACAGAAAAGCCGACGGUGGAGAACAGCUGUAUUCCUCACCACCCACGAGGAAAACGCCAAAAAAGGUCAGUACAUAUAAGUAUAUGCUGAUCGCCCACCAACUAGAGCGUCUAGAUAUUAACCAAUUUCCGAUAAGAGCAACUAAAGGAGCUAACACUUGA